CCUUUUAUGGGUCUAUCACGUGGAUACUAUGUGGUCCAAUGCAAACCGUCCUGAACUUUGGGAAAACUCCCCAAUUCCCCCAUCUAAAGUUUUAGUUUUGUCAAAUACCAAUCUAAAAUUCUACGCCGGAAAGUAGCUCGGUGAAAAAAACUCCCGUUCGAGUUCGAAAGAUACCUAUAUAGGCGAUGGUCGUAAAUGUAUCCUGAUAUAAACAAGCGACGAUGGUAAAGGGAUAAUCCGUUUGAGUAUGACGUAUCUGAGAUUUAGAUACAAGUAGUUUUACAUAUUGAUCGUUCCUUUGAACAAUUUACUAACUUUCUGAAUUGUCGAAAUGAGUAUGUCUGCCCGUAGUCAGCUUUCAUCAUGGGAACUGGAAUUUUUGGAAAAAUUUCAUGCGGGAGGUCACAAAUUCCAAUUUUAGAAGUAAGAACUUUGCCGUGUUUAGGAAUUUUGCAUAAGCCAACUGUUGAAUAUCACAAGAAAUUGAAGAAUAUUGCUUAUAACUGGAGAAUUUUGCCUAGAAAUGCUGGGUGGGGGAUGGUUGCUGCCUACAGGCAGAGACAUUAUAUAUGUCUCUGCAACAGUGUUAUUUCAUACUUUCAUGUAUGGCUCGCUAUAUAAAUUUACUCACUGCAUAUGUAUUAUUCAAUCCUUUUACUAGAUCAACGGGGGAUUCAGACCCUAAAGGAAGAUUACAACAUGCGAGAUGGAUCAGUGGUCAUAAGAGCUCGAUUUGGAAAACCUGCACAUGUUGUAUUCUGUGUGUUCGCUUGUCUCACUAACCUCGUUGUGAUGAUUUCCUUACUCCUUGCUGGUUCUUCCGUCAUGACAAGCCUCGUCCAGGACCUUUCUUUAGAACUGACGUGUAUGAUAUUGGCCGCUGUCCUCGGGUCCUAUACACUCAUAGGUGGACUGGGUGCCACGUUUUACGUGUCGUACUUCAACACGACGCUUAUAUUCUGCAUGGUCAUAUUGCUCGUCAUCGAGGUCUAUUAUAACCCCAGCGGCCGGGAGAAUAAUCCUCUCGGUAACGUAGAUAUCAUCUAUCAGUACCUCAACCAAACGGUCGGCCCCGAGGGUAACAAAGAAAACAGCUAUCUCACGUUUUUAUCUUCCGGAGGCGCUAUGUUUGGGGUGAUCAACAUCAUUGGCAAUUUCGGGACCGUGUUUUGCGAUCAGUCCUACUGGCAGAGCAGCGUAGCGGCUAAACCCGUCCAGGGGGUCUGGGGUUUCAUCGCAGGGGGUCUGACGUGGUUCGCCAUUCCAUUUACUCUCGCCACCACGAUGGGACUGUCGUAUCUCGCCUUGGGGACUCUACGAGGCGGACCUCUACUUUCUCCAGUGGAUGUUGAUAAAGGUCUAGUUCCGCCAGUUGUUGCACAGGUACUACUAGGGUCAUCCGGCGAGUAUGUUCUUCUGAUGCUCAACCUCAUGGCGGUGAUGUCUACGGGUUCCGCGGAAGUCAUCGCUGUCGCUUCAAUCAUCGUAUACGACAUCUAUCAGAUAUACGUUCUCCCAUUCAGGAAGAAUUGCGACAUGAAGAGUUGUGUUCUAUGUAAUCUUCCUCUUCCUGUUGUCAUGGACGAUUGUGAAGAGACAUUAAAAGAGAACGGCAAUGGGAAUGGAAAUGGGCACGCUGAAAAAUACGUAUGUGACUGUCCCCCUGUCAUAUCAUGCGAGCAAUGCACGAAGGACAAUCUCAAAAUUAAGGAAGUGACGGAAAUUAACGUCACUGAACAGUACACGUGUUCAAUUCACGGAAAAUACCGACAGUACCAAGACAAAUUACUAUCCAUCAAGAACUGGAUCAUAUUGUGGCUUACUCUAGCGACCAUUCCUCUGAUUCUGUUUUGUGUUGGAGUGGGGCUCAACCUGGGAUGGGUGUUUUGGUUCACCGGAGUGUUAAUAGGGUGCACUGUUGUGCCAAUUGCACUCUCUGUCACGUGGUCACGAUUGACAUCGAAAGGAAUGAUUUCUGGGGUCGUGACCGGAUGCGCAUGUGGACUGAUUGCUUGGUUAGCUAUGGCGUCAACUUACCCGGGUGGACUCGGGGAUUUUCUCAAAAACACGGGACAGGAACUUGCUAUGUUCGUUGGCAAUUGCGUAUCCAUUGGAGUCGGUGGCGGAGUCUGCAUCAUAGUAUCACUUAUAACAAAUAACAGGAAAACACACGAUGCCCGAACUGAAUGGGAGAAAACUAGAAAUAUUGAGAAUCCGUUGUACCCUUGGUCGUUAAAAUAUGCCCACGAAUUUACGACCAUUUCGCGACCAUCACAAGAGAAAAUGACUCAGAUUUUCAAACGAGCUAAGUAUAUAGCGAUAGGAUUUGGGCUGGUACUGACCGCUGCUAUUAUUAUCAUAUGGCCCUCGAUAAUGAUAAGCAUAGGGGUUUUGAAUGUGACUCAAUUCAGAAUGUGGACUCAGUUAUCCCAGGUUUGGGCGUUCAUCGCCGCCAUUUUUAUCAUCACAGUUCCUCUAAUCCAGGAGAUUUACGGAAUUGUUCAUCGUGUUAAGAAAAAUAGAAACAAUGAGAGGAGUAGGGAAACAGAACAAAAUGGCGGCACACAGCUUAACGGUCAUGCGCACAACGUCGAUGACACAAAACGAGACACCGAUUCCAUGAUAUGAACAGUGUUGACAGAUUAUUGCCACCCAGCACCCAGGGAUUAUGAUCUAUAUUUUAUAUGGUCCAUACUAACCAGUAUGCGUGCCUUAUUGCGAAUGAAUAAGGAAACUAUACUGUAUACCCAAGCAAUACAGGGGUGACAUCUUUCAAUAAGAGCAUGAUGUUACGGAGACUAUAUCGUAGAAUGUUAGUUUCCCAAUAGAGAUGUUCCCCCUUUAAUAUAGUUCAUACUGGGCUAUAUUGAGUACUGAUGGACCAAUGAAGCUUGUAUGUGUGUUAUUAUAGGCCUAGUCCUUCCAGUGAUUGCGAUCUCGUUCUAGCGACAAUCAAAUGCCUAGCAUAAGGUACAUGUAUGCAAAUAUAUUGAAACAUUUACAUAUUUGCUUACUGGCAUCAUCUAUAGGCACGUUCAAUCGACUUGCAAAUGGACCCACGUCGGGGUUUCUUAUUUGAAUGUUUGAUUUCAAUUUGCUGUUUUUCAUCUACAUAUUUAUAUGUAAAAUACAAUACAUAUAAGCUGCAGUAGCUAUACUAUGUAAUAUAGGCGACAGGUUUAUAACAUGUUAAACAUGGAAGCGAUAUUGAAUGUUUAUCAUUGUAUGAAGUUACUACAUAACUUCAUAUUUUAUACUCUUUUACAAUGGUUAAAGGGAUUUUAAUUUUUAUUUUUACUAUCGCACAAUAAAUUGUAAAUAAAGCACGACACGAAUAAUAUAGUUAUUUUAAAUUCAUUUUUUGCUUUUUUGAUGCUUAGCGACUUAAAGAAAUUGAGAAAAUCGGUUCAUAAAUAAGC